ACUGCUCGCCUGAAGAAGACGAGAAAGCUUCGCGGCCAUGUGAGUCAUGGACACGGGCGAAUCGGGAAACAUCGUAAGCAUCCUGGCGGCCGAGGUAACGCCGGUGGACAACAUCAUCACCGAAUCAAUUUCGACAAAUACCAUCCUGGGUAUUUUGGUAAAGUUGGUAUGAGACAUUUUCACUUGAAGAGAAAUCCAUACCACAAACCAUCCAUCAACCUGGACCGUAUCUGGUCAUUGGUGAGUGAACAAACCAGGCUCAAUUACAAAGACAAGAAAGACGGUCCAGUACCUGUUAUUGAUGUUGUCAAAGCUGGAUAUUUCAAGGUACUUGGCAAAGGACUUCUCCCUAAGCAGCCUGUCAUUGUGAAGGCCAAGUUUUUUAGCCGGCGAGCAGAAGAUAAGAUCAAAGAAGUUGGUGGUGCUUGUGUCUUGAUGGCAUAAAUGAUAAUAAAAUUAACAUCAAAUUGUA